GUCCUAUCGAUAGCACAGCUAAUAUUCUGCCUUGUACUAGCACCUCUCCUGGUGCCUCAUAUUAUGGUGUCAAAUUCAAUCUUUUGCCGUGGCCUCAGUAGCCUAGAAUAUAAUACACCUCGUCCAAGAGUGACAAUCCAUGUUGAUGGCCAAGGCCCUGGCCUCAAUAAACCCUACACAACACUAGAUCAGAUCGAGGGUACCGUGAGUAUUGACGUCAAUCAUACAACAAAAUUUCACGACAUCGACAUCUCUUUUGAAGGGUAUUCCAAGGUCUCUGUCGAGCGGACAGUUCAAGUCCCUGGCCAAAGGGUCGCUCACCAUACUUUUCUACGACUCCGCCAACCUAUCGAACCGGAUGCAUACCCAAAGUCCGGCUUUCUAGAGCCUAAAAGAUCUUAUCAAUUCCCUUUCAUAUUCGUUAUCCCCGAGCGUCUACUCCCGCAAUCAUGCGACCACGAACAAAGCGAUGUCAUUAUCCGACCGACACAUACCCAACUUCCCCCAACUUUUGGCAGCCACGGUCCUGGUGGAUCAUGUUUGAAUGACAUGGCCCCUGACACAUGCCAGAUAUCUUACGCGAUCCGCGUGCGAAUUCUAAAGGAGUCACCUGGAGAUAGUCGCCCUCUGAGACCAUUCGUAGAUGUCUCGAGAAAGUUGCGCGUUAUCCCAAUCAUCAACCGGGAAUUGCUUCGCAAAGUUAAUGAGAAGGGACGCCAGCACAGCAUGCGAAGGGAAAAGCCUGUCAAGUGUGGAUUGAUCAAGCAGAAUCUUGGACAGUUGGUAGUCACUGCCUGUCCACCAGAACCCAUCCUACUAGAUCAUCUGGGUAGCGGUACACACACGACCGAUACUGCCAUUACGGUACACCUACAGUUUCAUCCCAAGGGAGAUGAACAGCCUCCGCAACAGAAGACUCUGCAAAUUAAACUGAGCGUGUUGACCUUUCACGCCUCUACUCCAUGGAAAAGCCACCCAUUAGGCGUGGAUUCAAUAGACCCUGGGGAGAUACACCAAGAUUUGGCUAUCAAAGAGGUGCCGCUUUCCUCGUACUCCUUCGCGUCUACGGGGUGGACCAAGCAGUCCUCAUCUAAGGGGCCAACUCGUUCUCUUCGCCUGUUGACCAAGGAGCGUCGCUUAGGAGAGUCUCUGAUACAAGGUAAUUACUACACAACAUCUAUCACCGUACCGAUUACCCUACCAAAGAACAUACACUUCGUCUCAACCUUUCACUCGUGCUUUAUCUCUCGCAUUUACAACCUCAAUCUUUGUGUUUCUUAUUAUAUGCCGAAGAAAAGCAUCCUGAAGUCCACCCUAACUCUCAAAGUGCCAAUCACGCUCGAUGUCGCUGCGCCUUUUUUAUGGGAUGGUUCAAAACGAAAUGAGAAAUUAUUCACACCCUUAACUCUUCUUAUUCCUUGA